CCUCUUUUACGGUCAGCCAAACCUGCGACCGGCCACCUCACUUCACUCCCAUCGCAUUCACAUUCUCCAUCGUAUAGUGGGCGCAUAUAUGGGGUAAUCAAUCCGCGAUGACAGAGGAUACAGGGCUUAAUAGUGAACUACCAACUCACUUCUCUCAGUCACUCUCAAAUACAUUCACUACUGUCCCUUACCGCCGAGCGCAAGUUACGCGCUCAUAGAAAUGCGCUGAUGGGUAGUUCUCAAAAUACUAAUAACGGCAAUGCCGGACAGUCUGAAAAAAUUAUUGAGAACUCUUCACCCAAACCUCUACGAUACCUUCAGAUCUUCCUAUUAUUCGUCAAAAUGGCUGUAGAUAUGCUUAGUCCGCGUAGAAGCGGAGCACUCGACUUCCAGAAUUCCAUGAAAUUUCACGCCAGCGCGGACGAUUUUAAAGCGAAUGAAAAAUUACUAGAGAAAAGGAAGGACGAUGAAGAUAAAUUUUACGACAAAUCUGCAUCCUCAAAGGGGUCAGGUGGAAAUCCCCGAACACGUUUUCCUGAGAAUCAUUUCUCCCGAAAUGUAGACACCAUCGACAAGACACAGCUAUUGAAAACUGCACGAAUAAUGCCUAAGGGCGCACACCUUCAUCUCCAUUUUAAUUCAACCCUCCCACCCGGGUUUCUCCUGACUAUAGCGAAGGGGAUGAAAAACAUGUACAUCUCGAGUCCAACUCACAAGCUACGGUCCAAAGACGACUUUAGGGAUUGUGAAAUUGUGUUCACUCUUCGCCCUCUUGGGGAGGUACUAGAAGGUCUAAGUGAGGACCCCGUAUCUCGAGGACGAGAACUAGUUGAGAAGGACAAAAGAGGCCCAAAUAUUUUCCACGACGACUACGAGCCACGCCAAUUGAUGCGUUUUCAAUAUUUUCUUACUGCCUGGAACGAAGAGCAGGAGGUUAGACAGAGACCUCUAUCGCGAAAUGGGGAGCAAAUAGGUUCAGCCGAACCUACAGUUUGGGAUAUGAGUAUGGAUUGUGACAAGUGGCUGAUUAGUAAACUCAUCUUCAGCAAAGAGGAUAUCGACCUAAUAUUCAACCCCACGGAUAAGGCAUCAAAUCAAACGCAGGAAUCACAGGCGGCAAAAGAAGAACAACCAAGACGACCACAAGCCGAGGAAGCAAAGUGGCCCAAGGAUAUUGAAACAAAAUUCCAGCAAAGUCCAUACAAAGAUGACCGCAAGAGAGCAAUAAGAGCAUGGGAAAAAUUCAACGGCCGCACCAGGAUGAUGAAAGGUCUAUUUAACUAUGAAAAGGCAUUCAGAGCAUAUACCAGAAAGUGCUUAGAGGAAUUCGUGACUGAAAACGUCCAGUACGCCGAAAUCCGGCCAAAUUUCAUGAAGAGCAAUCAAGUCCUACAAGACGAUGGAGCAGGAAGCUUUGACAACUUUGGCUUGAUGGAAAUUAUUAUCGACGAAUACAAGACCUUCAUGAAAGAUAUCGGAGACAUGGAUGAGAAUGGGAAUAUCAUAAAAUCCGAUGGCCAUAUACCUUCUCUCGGUGGAAUGAAGGUUAUUUACUGUACACCUCGGUCCUUCUCAAAAGAGAUGGUGCGAGAAUCGUUAAAGGAGUGCAUAAAGAUGAAGAAGCAGUGGUCAGAAUAUAUUGCCGGAUUCGAUCUAGUAGGUGAAGAAGCUUACGAUAAGCAAUACCCACUCAGAUACUUUGAAGAAGAGUUCACGCAAUUUCAGAAGAAUUGCCAGGAAGAAGGGGUUAAGAUUCCAUUCUUAUUCCAUUGCGGUGAAACCCCCGACGAUAUCGAAGGCAACCUCGAAUGCGCGCUUAGGCUCGGUGCUAAACGGAUUGGACAUGGCUAUGCGUUGCCUGAAAAGCCAGAAGUUAUGAAGGAAAUGAAAGCCAACAAGGUUUGCGUCGAGGCUUGCCCUAUAUCGAACAUGAUACUUGGACUGGUGGAGCGCAUGGACGAGCAUCGAAUUUACGAGUUGCUUGCUUAUGGAAUACACUGCUCCCUAAACAGCGACAACGGUACUCUUUUCAGAUCUACCCUAUCACACGAUUUUUACGAAGUCAUGGUAGGAAACCGAGAAAUGAAUUUGUUCGGUUGGCGCCAACUUGCGAAAUGGAGUAUUGACCACUCUUGUUUGAGCGACGAUGAGCGUAAACGAAUUAUAGUUGAGUGGGAAAGGCGAUGGAAGCACGAGUUCAUCCCUGAGAUACUCGGGAAGCAAGUCCGCCCGAUAAGACUCGACAGACUCGAAAAAGCCGAGGAGAUCCGGCAGGCGCGAGAAAGGCAGUUUCAAUCAAGCUUAACGACAGAUGUACCUAUAUAAGGUAUGUUAUGCAUUAGGAUACUAAACAGGCGCCUCUUUUCCCCGGUUUGGAGUCCAGGUGUUGGGGUGGAUAUCGGGGGUCAUGAUUUGAUGAUACCACAUGAAUGAAAUGAACUAGGUGGUGAAUUCAUUCUACGCUUGGAGUUCGGAGCAGACGUGAUACUCUCACUCAUGUAUGGUGGGUAGUCCGUAUCUAGGUAGUUUUAGAACGUUUUUCUUUGAUGGAAUUGCGCAUUCUAGCAGAAAGCGACUCAGAUAGGUAGAAAUCUAUUAGCAGAAGUUGAUCGUGUGUCUUUUCGAGAAUGCUGGUGUGGCUCGCUUUCCCUUUUAUAGUGGUCUAUCUGCGGUAAAGAUCGUCAUGUCAGAGUAUGAGGCAAAGGGCUGCCUCCAAACAGUAAGACAACGUCGAAUAGAAGUAGGUAAAACCUAU